AUGGCGCGGCUGACCUGCGUGAUCAUCCAAGAAGGGAGCACGAUCUCCAUCGUCAUCGACGAGGGCCUGCCCGUGUAUGAGCUAAAGAAGGCCAUUAAGGCAAAGAGACCGAAUAAUCUCAAGGAUGUCGACGCUGCCAGACUGCACCUCUUCCUAGCGAAGGAUGGCGACGCGUGGCUCGGGGCCAGCUCAGAAGUUGCGAGGCAGUUGCAGAAUGGAGAGAUACCGGAUGCUAUCAAAACGCUACAA